AUGCUACAUUCCACUCUGCUAGUUCAAUACACUGGCAAAGCCAUUUACCAGGUAGGACACCAGGGAGAAUUAAUACUUUUAGCAUCUUUGUAUGGAAAUACAUUUUGGGGAAGGUAUCUGUGGACAUUAGAAAACUGAGUAGUUUUCUUCAUAUCAAGAGAUGGAGAAGUCAGGGAAGUCAUUUGGUCUUUACCAAAUUAUUUUACUUCCACAAAAAGUUCCUGUUAUGACAGUUCCCUUCUGUGAAUUUUGAUGGCAUAUAUUCCAAAAUUCUGAUUAGAGCUCUGAGACACCCUUAACAAGGAAGGUUUCACUUAGCUGGUAUAUCAGUUUAUCUCCUACCCACACAAGAGCCUGGGGGGCCCUGACAUCUGGUCACUAGAAAGAGAUUCUGUAUCUCCCCCUGCCCCUCAAUGCCUUCCUCUUUUUAAUUUUGUCUGUCAGGCACUUUCCUCCAGGACACAAGAGCAGGAGAGCCUGGAGACAUGGAGCUGUGAGUAACCAGAUAUUUUGCUUCCUCCUGCUUUGGGGUCUGUGGAUUCUCUUAAAUCCAGCCACUCAAGGUGAAGAGGGCUUCUGCGUGUUGAGCUGACCAGUGCAGAAGCAGCUCUGAGAUCCUGCCCCAGAUGACUGUGCGGUGCAAGUGACAGGAUCAGCCAGUCUUAUGCUGAUCAUAUGGAGGCCGUCAUGAAGCUGAUUGGUGGGAGAGCCUAGAUGGUGCCUAGUUAAGCCAUGAAUUGGCUGCUCCAAGAUGUGGGGACGGCUUCACUGGUCUUUAAAAGGAUUCAACAAAUUCACAAUGGGUCAGGCUAUCAAAUGGCCACUACUCAUGGUGGCUCUGAUCUCCCUCCUGGUUCAGAAGUAGUAUGCCUCUGAAUGUGAAUGAUCCCAGGGAGAGAGCUUGUGUUUCUUGUGUCCUGGGGACAUCUGGUUGUCCACUGUUGUGUGAAACAUGCUGCUGGACUAGAUUGGGCUCUUACGUUCUUAUGAGCGCUUUUCAUCUUUUCAGGUCCAGAGUUUGCUCUUCUACAUCCCCAGGAGCCUCUGUCCAGCACACCAUCCCCUCCCACUGCUAGCAGCAUGCAGAAUACCAACCCCCUGAGGGUGAGAGCUGAGACUCCCGCCCUCCCUGCAGUGAUGGCAGCAGUGGUGCAGGGAGCCACCAGUCCAGGAAGCCAACCACACCUUUCCUCUGGAGGGGAGCGAACUGUGAUUCCCAAGAAGGUGCUCCUUGACACACAGCCUAAUGGAGUGGAAGAUGAAGGCAAGGCAGUUGCUCUGUCCCAUGUCAUUCUUUGGAGGCAAGAAAGCCAGCGUCGUUUAGAAGAGGCAGAUACUGUUUUGGUCUUAUCCUGUUUUGUUUUUUGUUAUGUUACUUUAUUUCUUCUACAGAUGAUGAUAGCAUAA